UUAGGACUAAACCUUCGUUCGUGUGGCAGGGUCUCAAUCACGGGAAAAGAAUGGCGCUGGCACAGCAAGCAGAUGCGGAAAUGGCGGCAUAUCGCGCGCUCCAAGAAGAGGUGACAGUGCUGGCGAACCAACGACAGCUCUACGCCCAGCAGCAGAACGAGAACAGCAUGGUGAAGCAAGAAUUGGACUUGCUCGCGGACGGGUCCAAGGUGUUUAAGUUGAUCGGCCCUGUGUUGCUCAAACAAGACACGGCGGAAGCCAAGACCAACGUGUCGAAGCGUUUGGAGUUCAUCCAGAAGGAAAUGGAAAAGGUGGAGAAGAAAUUGACUGCCAAGGAAGAGGAAGCUGUCAAGAUCCGACAGAACAUUGCCGCCAUCCAAACGCAAAUGCAAAAGAACGCGGCGGAAAGCGCGGGUAGUGCUGCUGCGCAAGCACAACUCGGUCGUUAAUCGUUAAUAUGCAUCCCAUACCAUGGCGACGUUCAUUCGGUUACUCCUUUUGCUACAGAGUCC